GAGGGACAUCAACGCGGUGGCCGACGCCGCGUGUGGGGAGGCGGUGAGGGAGGCCCUCGCGGCACUCCCCCCGUGGGACCCAGGGGAGGCAGAUGACCUCACCAGGGAGGUCUCGCAGUACCUCCAGCGCAAGGCUGAGGUUCUCCUCACCUCUUCUGAACGCCCACCCUGGGAGGAAGGGGAGGAGCCCCCUCCCAGGAAAAAAUUGUCGGCCAGCACCAAGGUCAACAAGCGCCAGCCGAACCAGCACCGCCCUGCUGCCAAUGGGGGCCCGAACAAGCGUGAGAGAAUCCGCACUAUGGUGGCCACAGGAGCAGGCGGGCACGACUGGGUGGUCACAUCAGAGAAUAAGAACAACUUGUUGGAGCCACCCAAACUGCACAGCUUCCUCACCACCCCUCCCAAAGCUGACCCUGCAAUAGCCCACGUGCCGCAGGACUCGGGCCCAAGCAAGGUUCUUUCAGCCAUGGCCUGGGAUUGGGAGUGGGAGUGGGACUACCACUCCCACGAAUGGCGGUGGCACUGGACAUGGCGCCCAGACGACAACAGCUGGGGCAGUGGCAGCACCACUCCCCCUCUUUUGAG